CUAUAUUUACCAUCAGGGUAACAUGAUCUCUGGCAUUCUGGAUCAGUGUGCUCAUGCAAUCCUUCUGGUCUACUCACUCAGGGGCAACAGCCUCCAAUGCUGCACACCACCUAACUCCAAAAUGCGCCAUCGGUGAGCCUCAAAGCCGAUCUAUAAAGCUUGAGAAUUGAAAGUUAGACGGUAUAUAUGAAGAGCUGCACCGCCUGUUUUUCCACUGACUGGAACUGAGACAGGCCCAACGUACAGCAGUCAAUGCGGCCUGUUACUGUGUCUUCUCCGUCCGAGCUCUCAGCAUGUCUCGUGUCUCCUCCACGGCCAAGCGUUAUGCUGGCUCCUCCUAUACCAGCCACUAUAGCUCGUACAGCUCUUCCCUGACGCCCUCACUCGCGACCUACGAUCGCGACAAACUCUCUUACAAAUCCCCUUCGAUGGCAUACUCCACCUCUAGCUACCUAAGCUCGAGCAACAGUCGUACACGGAAUUACAGCUCCUCUGAGCCUGAGCGCGGCCGUCCUAUCCCUCGCACUGACCUUCUGAGUGGCCGGCGCAGCGAGAGCCUGAGUCGCACGCCCUUAAAGAGCUACAGUUCAGGACUGAAUGGCGGUUCAGCCUACUCCUCAUACGGCUACUCGCCGGCACAGACCAGCUACCUCUCCACCUCUCCCAUCUCCUCCAGUGUCUCUCUAAAUCGAAGAAAAUCUGUUAGUCAGAGCGACCUAACACGGGAGUUGUCCUCGCUAGCCCUCAAUGACACUUCCAGCAGCAGCAGUCUGAAACAGGCUUACAGGAGCCAGAUGAAUGAUGCUACCGAGUCCUACAGCAGCAGCAGCUUGCGCUCAGGCUUCGGGAUGUCGCGCAGCUCCACACAAGACGCCCUGAGCAGCAGCAGCAGCAGACGUUUCUCCAACUCCAUCGGACUCUCCAGUUCGCCGCUCAGGGAGGAGCCAGUGAGACCAAGCUCCAAGGCUGCCAAAGGUCUGGUGGGAUUGAAGAAUCUGGGCAAUACAUGCUUUAUGAACUCCAUCCUUCAGUGUCUUAGCAACACACACAGUUUGCGAGACUACUGUCUGCACAACUCCCACCGCCGCGACCUCAACAACAACAACCGCACAAACACGGCGCUGAUGGAGGAAUUUGCCAAGCUUAUUCAGACAAUGUGGACAUCGUCGACCAGCGACGCCGUCAGCCCUUCCGAGUUUAAAACGCAGAUCCAGAGAUAUGCGCCCAGAUUUGUCGGUUACAACCAACAAGAUGCUCAGGAGUUUCUGCGCUUCCUGCUCGAUGGGCUGCACAAUGAGGUGAACAGGGUUACAGUACGGCCACGUGCCACUACAGAAGACUUCGACCAUUUACCUGAUGAUGAGAAAGGGAAAAAAAUGUGGAGCAAGUACCUGGAGCGAGAGGACAGUAAAAUUGUAGAUUUAUUCGUAGGGCAGUUGAAGAGCUCUUUGACCUGCACAGAGUGUGGCUACUGUUCCACUGUGUUUGAUCCCUUCUGGGAUCUUUCCUUACCAAUCGGCAAGAAGGGCUAUGGAGAGGUCAGUCUGAUGGACUGCAUGCGACUCUUCACUAAAGAAGAUGUGCUGGAUGGAGAUGAGAAACCGACAUGUUACAGAUGUAAAGCCAGAAGAAAAUGUACAAAGAAGUUCACAGUUCAGAAGUUCCCUAAAAUCUUAGUGCUACAUCUGAAGCGUUUCUCAGAAGCUCGAGUCAGAUCCAGCAAACUGUCUACUUUUGUCAACUUCCCCAUGAAGGACCUGGACCUCAGGGAGUUUGCCUCUGACAGAAGCAGUAGUGCAGUGUAUAACCUGUAUGCAGUGUCCAAUCACUCAGGCACCACCAUGGGGGGUCAUUACACAGCGUACUGCUGCAAUCCUGACUCAGGAGAAUGGUACACAUUCAAUGACUCCAGAGUAACGCCAAUGUCCUCCAGUCAGGUGCGCAGCAGUGACGCGUACCUUCUAUUCUACGAGCGAUCUGGCCUGUGAGGCCGCACAGGAGACAGAAGGAGUGAGGCCACGACCCCUCGGGGUCAUCACUCUCACGCGGGACUCCUCACUGAUAGAAGACAGCUAUCGCCUUCUGUUGGACACCUGACAGAAAUGAACGUAACGUCCUUACUGGCGCUGUGCUGCUGUGUCCGGUUUAUUGUCACUGGGGAGCUCUGGAGUGUCCUGAUGCCUCCAUGUAUGUGUGUGAGAGUGUGUUUGAGUAUGUGUGUGUCUGAGGGCAGCUCCUUGGGAGACACCAUAGGGUAAUAAAACCUCAUGACUCUGUCUCACAAGUCUCUCGCUAUGCACUGCAACAGAACUCUGGUCCCGACUGCGCCUUGUUCAAGUUUGCCUCAGUACACGGACUGGUUUAACAUAAAAGUGUUUUCACGUCAGUUGUAUCAGUUCUAUUUUGUAUUCUCUACACACUGUGUAAGGGAGACAAGAUUUACAACCUCGAACCUGCAACUCACGUUUAUUCGAGCCUGUCAGGUUUGUCAAACAAUCUCUGCUUUUUAUUUCCGUGACUUCUGAUUUGUUUCACCUGUCAUUUAUUCCCCAGUCGCUUUCCACUCCAUUUUCUCCCUCCUCUUUCUCUCCUGAGGGCCGAACAUCUGCGAGAAAAGUUUGCAGAGAGUUUGUUUUUUUAUUCAGUGUGGCUGCUACUGAUUUGAUUCUCAAACGCUAUGAAUGAGGACAGCCGAGCUGGGCUGAUUACAGUACACUUGCAAGUUCUGAUCAUGCAGAUUGGUUUAUUCUUAUGAUUUAAUGCCGUUGAACAACAUUGAAAGAAGGUUUUGGGUGAAAAAAAAAAACACUAUCUGUAUAUUUUUAUAUAUGAUGCAAUAUAGAGAAUGUACUAUACUGUGGUGCUGAAAAUGACCUGUUACUGUUUCAGUUCAUUGAACAGGAGAAAGAGAAUGGAUACUAUUUAUGCUCACAGAUCACUUUUUAACAGUGACAAAAGUAUAUAUGAAAUAAAUUUUAGAAAAAGAA